AAAAAAAAACAGUUGUAUACGGAUUAAUAUAAAAUCCCAUUUGGCCGAAUGCUAUUUUUUCGAAUCCCAUUUUGCCGAAAAAUUUAAAAUAAAAUUGUAUUUGUUAGGUCAUAAAGACUAAAAAAUUAAUACAAGGUUCCUAAUAUAUUGUGACAAAAAGUGGUUAAAUAAGUUUUUAAUAUUUCUAACUCUAAAAUUCAAAAAUUCACUUUUUUCUGUUGCUUUUCGCUAUAAUUGAUGUAUUAUUAAAGUGGGAAGAAAGCUAUUUCAGGUGACAUCGUCGCGGAAACAUCGUUCCGUAAUCUUAUCGCUGAUAAAGUGACAAUAGUAAUAAAAACUUACAUCUACAAAUGUAAAAUGUUACACAUAUAAUGAUGAUGAGUUUACUCACAGUCACUCUCUUUAUAAUCUGCAGUCACAUUUGCCACUCGUACUAGUUAUUUAAGUGUUGUAUUUUAAAAGUGUAUUUUAAUAUGUCUUGGUAUACAAUUAAUUCAAACCGCGGCAAACCGCUAUUAGUUGUAGAUAAUUAUAUACAUAGGAUUGACCGAAAUAAUGGAAAUAAUGAAUAUUAUAAGUGUAUUGAUAACUGUGGAGGACGAGCAAUAUUAAGAUCGCAAACGACUGCAAUAAUAUCCAAAAUUCAUCAUCACCCGACGCAUGGAGCUGAAUUGGCACGACGUGGAUUUCGAGAAACUCUAAAGGAAAAAGUGGUUUCAAAUCCAACAAAAUCUGUGCCUCAGAAUUUCCACGAAGUGAGACGAUCCCUUGUUUCUUCAGGAAUAAAAGGUUGCACUAUAUCAGAAGUAGAAGAUGCUGUUCCUGUAUAUACUAGUGUCAGAUCUUCAGCAUACAGAAAGCGAAUGAAAUUGGUACCAAAAUUACCUACAAAGUUAUCGGAACUUAUUCUUGAGAACGAAUGGAGAUCAACUAACGACAGAAAGGAUUUUUUAUUAGGAUGUGAUGGUCUUGACGACAAAAUUGUUGUAUUUGGGACGGAAGGAUUCUUAAGAAGACUAUGCAGUAGUGAAAUUAUUUUUAUGGAUGGGACAUUUAAAUCAGCACCUCAGUUAUUUACCCAAAUUUAUACUUUGCACAGCUAUGUUGUAGGAAUAAUGAUACCAUUGGCUUAUGCAUUGCUACCCAACAAAAGCACAGAAACGUAUUCCAGAAUGUUUAAAAUAAUAAAAGAAGCUGCUCUAAGGAAUGGUUUAAUAUUUAACCCCAAUACAUUUCAAAUAGACUUUGAAAUUGGUAUGAUUGUUUCAAUUAGAGAAACUUUUGGAUAUACAACAUCUAUAAAAGGAUGUUUAUUCCACUUGGGUCAAUCAAUUUGGCGGAAAGUUCAAAAUUUAGGGCUUGUUCGUGAUUAUAAUCAAAAUGACGAUAUAAAAAAAACUGUACGCCGUAUGUGUAGCCUAGCUCUAAUACCAAUAGACCAAAUCGAUGAUUGUUGGACAGAAAUUCAUGCCCAAGCGCCUCAACAUGAAGGUAAAUAUUAAAAGGUAUUUAAAAUUUGUGUACUACAAUUUUUAUAUUUAUAUAAAUAAAUUAUUUAGGUUUGGAUAGAUUGAUGAGUUACUUCGUAGAAACUUAUUUGGAUAACGACGUUAGUAUAUUUAGUCGUAGCAUGUGGAACCACUACGAAACAGACCAUACGAGGACAAUUAACCACCUCGAGGGUUGGCAUGCAGCUCUUAACAGGACUAUAUGUCGACCACACCCAAACAUUUUUAUUUUAAUCAAAGAAUUAAAAAACCAGCAGCAAAAUUUUGAACUUGAUAUUAUUACUCAAAAAAAAUGUAACCAAGCUCCGAAAAUGAGGAAAAAGUACAAAACUUUAGAAGACCGAUUAAAAAC